GUUUAUAAAAUCUGAAAUUUUAUAUUUCCCUCUGAGAGAAAUUGGAACUCAAAUGGCGUUCGCCUCUAUUUUUCGCCGCAUCCUGAACGGAUCAUCAACGCCUUCGUUAACUGUACGCUCGCAAUUCGCUUCGAUUCGACUGAAUUCUACUGUUACAACUCUCACAGCUCCGAAGCUCUUCAUUAGCGGUCUCAACAGAAACACGUCAGAUGAAAAUCUUUACAAGGCGUUUGCUCCAUUCGGCAGGCUUCUUGAGGCAAAAGUGAUUGUGGAUAGAGGUUCUGGAAGAUCAAAGGGGUUUGCUUUUGUUACAUACGAAUCAGUUGAAGAAGCAGAGAAGGCUCGAGAGGGAAUGAAUGCCAAAUACCUCGAUGGUUGGGUUAUUUUUGUGGACCCCGCCAACCCGAGGGAGGCUCAGCCUCGACUACCUCCUCGGCAAGAUAAUAUUCAGUCUACUGAGCCUGGCUUCACUUCAAACAAGACCGUUGGUUGGACUGGUCGUUGACUUUCAUCAUUAUAUCAUUUUCUUUCGAUUUUUUUUUAAUUAAAUUUUUUUUUUCCGAUUGCUUUGGGAAGGUGCAUAUUAGUUUUGGAGAAAUUAUAUGCAUCCCGUGAUAUGAAAACAUUUGUAUUAUGUAUACGACUGUAAUAUACAACUGCACACGAAUUUAAUAUAUAUUAUAUUUAUUC